AUGCUUUCUAGACUAAAUAGCACCAAUAUUUGGCUUGAAGAUCACAAAGAAGAGCAAGAUUCAACAACGAACCACCACCACAACAACAUUAACAAUCCCACCGCAGCUUGUUGUGGUGGGGUUAUGUUGGAGGGCAAAGAAGAAAUGGGUUCUCUUUCUACUUUCAAAUCUAUGCUUGAAGUGGAAGAUGAGUGGUAUGUGAGUAACAACAAUAGUACUAUUCAUCAAACCCAUCAAGAUAGCAUCAAAGACCUCACCUUUUCACCUAGUCUCGGUGACCCAGAUAAUCUUUUGCUUCACCAAGUGGAUUCUUCCUCUUCUUGUUCACCUUCCUCUUCAGUUUUCAAUAAUUUGGAUCCUUCUCAGGUACAUUACUUUAUGCAUCCAAAACCCACUUUGUCUUCACUCCUUAAUGUGGUUUCUAACAACCCUUUAGAGCAUGGGUUUGAUUUGAGUGAAAUUGGUUACCUUGAGAAUCAAGGAACAAAUUCAGCUGCAACAGCAAAUGUUUCAGCUUUGUUAAGCAGGGGAAGUGGAGUUUUGGGAAAUUUGGGGAAUUUCACUGAUUUGAGCUCACAUGGUCAGAUUAGCAUUCCUAAUUUAUGUUCUGAUCCUCAAUUUUCAAGUUCCAGUAUGCUUCAAUUGCCUGAAAAUGGUCCUGGGUUUACAAAUUUUAGAGGGUUUGAUGAGAAUUCAGGGAAUCAGUUGUUUUUAAACAGGUCUAAAUUGUUAAGGCCUCUUGAAACUUACCCUUCAAUAGGUGCACAGCCUACUUUGUUUCAAAAGAGAGCAGCUUUGAGGAAGAAUUUGGGUGAUAAUGGAGGAAAUUUGGGAGUCUUGAGUGGGAUUGAGAGAGAUAAAGGGAAGAGUGAAAUGACUCAAAUUAGUGAAGAGAAUGACAAGAAGAGAAAAUUCAGUAGUGGAGAUGAUUUUCUUGAGGAUGUGAGCAUUGAUGGGUCAGGUUUGAAUUAUGACUCUGAUGAUUUUACUGAGAACACUAGGUUGGAGGAUAUUGGUAAGAAUGGUGGGAAUAGUUCAAAGGCGAAUAGUGGCGUUACUGGUGGUGGUGGUGGUGUGGAUCAAAAGGGUAAGAAGAAGGGGCUUCCGGCUAAGAAUUUGAUGGCAGAGAGGAGACGCCGGAAGAAGCUCAAUGAUAGGCUAUACAUGCUGAGGUCCGUUGUUCCAAAGAUCAGCAAAAUGGAUAGGGCGUCAAUCCUUGGGGAUGCAAUAGAAUACUUGAAGGAACUUCUGCAAAGGAUUAAUGACCUCCAUAACGAAUUGGAGUCAACUCCUCCUAGCUCUUCAUUGACACCCACCACAAGUUUUCACCCUUUGACACCGACUCCAUCGGCACUGCCCAGCCGUAUCAUGGAUAAACUGUGCCCCAGCUCAUUGCCAAGCCCAAAUGGCCAACCUGCAAGGGUUGAAGUUAGAAUGAGAGAAGGCCGGGCUGUAAACAUACACAUGUUUUGUGGCCGCAAACCAGGUCUUUUGCUCUCUACCAUGAGAGCUUUGGAUAACAUUGGGCUAGACAUCCAGCAAGCUGUCAUUAGCUGUUUCAAUGGUUUUGCCAUGGAUAUCUUCCGAGCUGAGCAAUGCAAAGAAGGGCAGGACAUGCUUCCAGAUCAAAUUAAAGCAGUGCUCUUAGAUUCAGUUGGCUUCCAUGGGAUGAUGUAG